CCCCCCCCCCCCCCCCCCGUCUAGACUUUGUAUCUCACCACUUUGGGACCACCAAUUGGUAUCGGAGCUUCCUUCUCACUAUCUACGUUUAGAUUAACGAGAAGCGAUCAUAAUGGUGAACAAUAUGGAUCACGGUUUGCCCAAGUUUUCUCUUCUAGGUUAUGAUGAUUGGAAGAUCACGAUGGAAGCACACCUCUAUGCUCUACAUGACUGCAUGUGGAUGGUGCUUGAAGAUGGACCCUUGAAAAUCCAAAUGGAGAAUCCUGAGAGGAAUCCAACCAAUCCAGAUGUAGUCCAGUAUUUUCCAAAGCCCAUGGAGAAAUGGGAUGAUAGAGAUUGCAAGAAACAUAAUCUGGACAACGUCGCCAAAGCAGCCAUCUUCAAGACACUUGAUCCCAUCACCUUCUCUAAGAUCAAGCAUCUCAAGACUGCCAUGGAGAUAUGGCAAGGUCUUGGGAAGCUGUGCGAAGGAUCAGAGGAUCUAAGAAAGCAGAAGAUAGAAGUCCUGCUUGAGAAGUUCAAAAGGUUCAAAAUGCUUCCCGGAGAAUCAUUUGAUAUGUUGGAUGAAAGAUUCCACAAAAUCCUAAAUGAUCUUGCAUCACUUAACCACGUUCUUUUUCCCAAAGAGAAGAAUGUAAGAUUACUGAGAUCUCUUCCAACUGAGUGGUACACUAAAGCCACAACCAUGGAAGAAGGAAGAAACCUGGAGAACUACAUUGUCCAAGGUCUCCUUGAUGAGCUCAGAACCUAUGAGCACAAGCUGAAGAAGAAGAAGGAAGAACAAGUCACUACAUUUCCCACGGCACUGAUGACAACUCCAGAGUCCCAGCAAGCGAAGGGACAUGCCCAAGGAACUGUGACACACCUUCCUCCAGCCAGCCGAUGCCCGUACCCUAAAGUGGAGAAGUACGGAGAAAGAGAAAGAAACGAGAAGAAGAAGAAGGCAAUGGUAGCUGCUGAAAGUGACGAGUCAUCCAGCUCAAGCUCGGAUGAAGAAGCCCUCGCCUGCAUGGAGCGCAGAGCUGAGAAGUCCAACCGUGAGGAUCGGUGGACCAUGUUAGAAGAUGACACUCUCUGCCUAAUGGCCAAAGAUGAUGCUGAACAAGAGGUAACAUCACAAACCUCCUGCUCAUCUUCUUAUGAAAGCAUACCAACUUCUGAAAAUCUUUUUGACAAGUUCAAAAGGAUGAUGGAAGAUUUUGAGGAAAUAAAUCUUAAACACUCAUCCUUAACAGAAGAGAACAAGCUAUUGAGUGAAGAGAAUCUCAAGUUGACUAAAGGUCGGAAAAGUCAACUAAUUGAGAUUACUCAACUUAAGGCUGAGAAUGAAUCUCUCUCUGAAAAGAUGAAAUCCCUCAAUAAGGAGCUAAGGAUACUUAGGUCCAAAGAAGCAGUGGAUAAGCUUCUCGAAACGACCAAACAUAAGGGUCGUGAAGGACUUCGGUUUGACCGCUCUAGUUCCAAAAGGAAAGGGAGAACAACUUUCAUCCCUCCUAAACCUACUGCCAAACCCAAUAAGCAAAAAGGAAAGAAGAAGGAAAAACCCAUAGAUGUUCCCAAAAAGAAAGCCGCUAAGUACCCAGGUGUCUGGUACUUAGACAGUGGCUAUUCAAGACACAUGACGGGUGAUGCGAGCCUUUUGAGCAAUCUAAUUCCCUAUGAUGGUCCAAGAGUUACUUUUGGAGGAAGCAAUGAUUUUGGCCUUACAAAAAGGCUAGGAAAUCUGGUGUACAAGGGACUAACCAUCCAAGCUGUAUCUUAUGUGGAAGGUCUUAACUAUAACCUUCUUAGCAUAAGUCAGUUUUGUGAUAAAGGUUAUUCUCUGGAAUUCUGCAAGGACAUGGCAUCCCUCAAGAACAUCUCUACAAAUGAAGUCAUUCUCACUGGGAAGAGAAUCAGAAACAUCUAUGAAGUGAUGUGGGACGAUGUCAAGGAAGCAUGUCUAAUCAGCAAAGGUGACACUAACCUUCUAUGGCUUUGGCAUAAGAGGUUGAGUCAUCUCAACUUCAAAACUCUCAACAAACUAUCCAAAGAAGGAUUAGUAGAAGAGAAAAUGAAGAUUGUUGGCGCUAAUGUCUAUUUCAAGAAAUUGGAAGCCAAGUGCUCUUCACCGGCGUUCUAUCAAUCCUAUCUGGAGAUGAUUGCUGCUCAUGAACUCACUGAAUUUCUUCACAUGGAGAUUCGCUCCAAAUAUGACGACGAAGUUCUUGAAUUCUACAAGAACGGAAAGGUCAAGACUGUCCAAUCGAGGAAGAACCCACAGAGGACGAUUCAAAUUAUCAAGUCCAGUAUUGGAGGCGCCAAAGUAAAGAUUUCACAGAAGAAAUUGAUGGAAAAGCUUCAUCUUCCCAAUUCUGGAAGUGAAAUUGGGAGGCUUCCGGCCAAGAAUCUGGACUGGAAGAUUAUUGGAAUUUCUGGGCAAAUCUCCUCUAGCCCAGCGAAGAAGGCCGAUUUGAAAAAUGAUUACAAGUUAGUUCUAGAACUGAUCAUCGCAUGCCUUGAAUGCGGCAGUGGAGGGCAUGCUGAUGACAUCACUCAAGAAAGGGCAUUCAUCAUCAACGCCCUCAUUACCAAAACUAAGGUAAACUGGGCUAAACACUUCUUCAAUUCCAUUUCCAAGCACUUAGGAAAGCCCAAACAGAAAUAUUUGUGUCAAGGAUGGUACCUUGGGUAUAUUCUAGAGUCCAUGGGAAUUGCCACUGAAGGCAAGAAAAACUAUGAAGAUUUGCAUCUGAAACACUUGGCCACCUCACCAGUUUCAGAAUUUGAGGUUGAUGAUGAGGAUCCUUCAGUCUACACACCAAUCUUUUCAAAGGUAACAGAAGAUCACAUGGCUCUCACCACUGAAGCACAAGCUAAUAUGGAAGCCACAGCAGAGGAUUUCCAAGUCUUUCCGGAAACCUCCCAUGCUUUUGAGACUGUUCUGCCUGAAGCUGUCUAGGAGAAUGCAGCUUCUCCACAACAAGAACAGAACCAGGAAGCAUCAGAGGAAGAAUUUCUUCAACUCCUACAAUCUCAAGUUCAAUAGAUUCUCACAACUCCUUGUGAGAUCUCCAAUCAGCCUAAACUUGAGUUCCGGAGAAGUCAGCAGAGAAUUUGGAGAAGUUCACUCCUCCAGAGACAACUGCAUAUGAAGCUCAAGAAAUCCAAGCUGUAGAAAUCCAGAGAAGUUCUGUAGAAGCUGAAAGAGAAACUCAAAUAGCCACACUGAAGGACACUAAAACUCUAGUUUAAGU